AUGAUUCUUCAUUUUGAUAAAUUUCAUGGCUUAGGAAACGAUUUCAUCAUUAUUGAUAAUAGACAAAAUCUUUUAAAUACGUGUGGCAACCCUGAUGAGUUUUCUAAGAUUAUUGCAAAACUUUGUGAUAGACACCUUGGCAUAGGAGCUGAUGGAGUGAUGUUUGUUGAAAAUGAAAGUGAAAAGGACAAAUAAGAUGGAAUUUAAGCAGAUAUAAGAUAUAAAAUUUUCAAUGCAGAUGGAUAUGAAUCUCAAAUUUGUGGAAACGGAUUAAGAUGCUUUACAAGAUACAUAUUAGAAAAAAAGAUUAUCUAAAAUAAAAAAAUAGUGUAAAUUAGAACAAAUAUAGGAGUGUUGGAGUGUGAAGAGCUCAGUUUAGGAUUAUAUAGAACGAAUAUAGGAAAGGCGACUGCAGAAAUAUCUAAAAUACCUGCAAAUCCAUUUAAUAGUGAUGCUGAGAGUGUUGUUAUAAACUAGCCAUUAAAGAUAAACCAAAAUCUACAUUAAUAAAACUUAUCCCAUUUAAGCGAAGAAACUCAUUAUGUCACAUUCGUUAACGUAGGCAACCCUCAUUGUGUUAUCUAUGUAGAUGAUGUUGAAACAGCUGAAGUAGAGAGAAUAGGAAAAACUCUUUAAAGUAGAAAAGAUAUAUUCCCUUAAAGCGUUAAUGUAGAAUUCAUACAAAUUUUAGAUGAAAACACACUCAAAAUGAGAGUAUACGAAAGAGGAUGUGGAGAAACUAUGGCAUGUGGAACAGGUGCAUGUGCUUCAGUUUUUGCAGGAAUUUUAAAUAAAAAGAAUAGCCCUUCAUCUAAAGUUUUAUUGAGAGGAGGAGAACUUCAAAUUAAUGUUAAUUAAGAAGAUUACUCAUUGCAAGUCAUAGGCCCUGCCGCAAAAGUAUUUGAGGGCAGCAUAUAAUUCCCAUUAAAUUGA